UACAGGAAAUCUAUUGCUUUGUCAAGUUCCAGAGAAGAGUUUCUUCUGUUCCAACUAACACUAAUCAGGCUGAAACACAGAGGUUUGAAGGAAGGUGCUAGGAGGAAAGGAGUGCCUCGCUGCUGAUGGGCUAAGAGGGUUCAUUGGCGAGAAGUGGGAGUUGGCCAGAGACAGCCUCACCAUGCCCACAGCUUCCACUGUACCUGUGUGGAGGGAGAGCAGUGAGUGAACGGCAGGAAAAGAAACACAGAGAUGGUCUACACUUGGAGAGCUUCUGACCUCAGGCUCCUACUGAUUUUGACAGUCUUCUUAGUGGCUGCAUAGCAUCCCAGUGAAGUGGGCAUGGAAGAUAGUUCUUCAUUUUACAAAGGUGGAAACUGAGACUUAGAGAGAAUGCCUAAGUUCAGGAAUGGAAGGUCCUGUUCCAUCAAGCAACUCAUUGCAGGAAAAGGUCAAGGACAACUACACUUUUGAAUCGCCAUUUUUGGAGCCCGCGACACCAUGUCGAGAACCGGCAGCGCCAUUUUGGGAGCCGGCGACGCCAUUUUGAGAAUCUCGAGUCUGACUACGCGUAACCGGAAAAGCAUAGGCGCGAUUCAGCAGUUAGUUCAUUUGUGGAUGGAAAGCAGAUGCUGAACAGUUCAACGCCUCCCACAGAAGGCAGCUCUUCCCUGUCUGCACUGGUGAAUACAAAGGUUGUGCUCCCUUGUCCUCCUAUUGCAUAUACAACUCUGAUAUUAGUAACAUGGAAAAUAAUGAUCAGAGACAAGACUCCCUGCUCCAGAGCUUACAGAAAAGAUCAAAACCUGACCACAGAAAGCAACUGUACAGAUGAGACAACAACCUGGGCCUCCAGACCUGACCAGAAUCCUGAACUUCAGAUUGAUCCAGUGGCCACCACUCCUGAUGGCUAUUACGUGUGUCAGGCAGUAACAUCUGAAGGAAAUUUCCAACAUGUCUUUCACCUCCAAGUGCUGGUGCCCCCUGAGGUGACCCUGUUUCUAAGUGAGAAUAGGACUGCAGUGUGCAAGGCAGAUGCAGGGAAGCCGGCCGCACAGAUCUCCUGGACUCCUGAGGGGGUCUGUGUCCUUGAGGAAGAAUAUCAGGGCGAUGGCACAGUGACUGUCCUGAGUGUAUGCCACUGGGAGGGUGACAACGUGUUCACCGUGACCUGCUCGGUCUCCCAUGCGACUGGCAACAAGAGCCUGAACUUAGAACUGCUUCCAAAGGACUCCAUCACCCCUGGAAGAGAUGCAUCUGAAUUCAUGCUACUUCUCUACAUCACUCGCACUGCCAUGAUUUUCCAGAUGAUGUUGGAUUGGAUAUGUCACAAGCCACAGCCAUCACCAUCCACUUCCUACAAAUGCAUAGAGAUUUUAAAAAAAUAUAUAUUUUUUUCUGUUCUGACAAUGCAUAACUAACUGUAAUCCCAAACUGAGAGAAAUUGGGAGCAAUGUUUAGCAAAACAGAAUUGUGAGCCACUAGAUGGUGCUUCAACUUAAUUCUUUCAAUGUUUUGCAGCAAGCUAAAAUCUACUAAGCUCAGGAAGCAUAAUCCUGCAUUAUUUUUCUUCAAGUUUUCUAUACAAAUGCCUUCUAUUUACCAUUUCUUUAGGUUUUCUUGGGUGGUUUUGGAGCAAUUACAGAAUGAAGGGGUAAUGGGCUAUAUUAGAAUUUUGGGAAAUAAGACCUCUUCAGUCCCUAAACUUGAAUUGUAUCACCCUUUCACUUAAGUUUAGUAGAAAUAUUUCGUUUACCAGGAAAUAUUUUGUUUACCAAACAAGAUAGGGGCAGAUAUUAAUAGUCUCACCUCAGAGAAAGGGGAAAUGUGAAGAUCUUUUAGUGGUAAAGCCAAGAUUAGUACUCAUUUAUUUCUUAUAUUGGAGGCUUGAGAUCACCCGGUUGUUAAAAAGCAAAUAGGUACUGGUUAGUGUUAGUUAAUGGCAGCAGAUGGUUAGAGCUACAAAUAAAAUCCGCUGGUCUUCUCCACUUCCUGAACCACCCCCUACUCUUUUCUCCCCCAUCAUCUUUUAGCAGCAUACAUGGUUUCCUAAAGCUGGAAGACAGCUACAGAUAAGUUAAGCCAACUUCCUCAUUUUACAAAAAGAGGAAACUGAGACUCAGAGUUAGUGACUAUCGUGUGUUACUAAGAAACCAGUUGGACUUCCCUUUGCUUGCUUCUGAUAGUACUCACAAAGUGGGCUUUACAGUUUGUUUUGUUUGAGGUGAGAGUUGAGAUUCAAGAAGGAAUUAUGGGAAUCUUCAGAGGAUCACAAGAUGAAAACUUUGAGGAAUUUUUGGCUAUUACUGUUGUUAAAAAUUAAUGAAUAGUGUGAUGGUCCACAUGAGGCUAAGGAUAGGGUUGCCAUAUGAUCCUGCAACCCUGUUAUUAGACAAAGGCUUGGAAGAACUGAAAGCAGAGACAUGAAUAGGCAUUUGCACGCUAGUGUUUGUGGUGGUAGUAUUCACGAGUUGCAAUGGAUGGAGGUAGCCUAAGGGUACAUUGACUGGUGAACGGAAGGGUGAGUUAUGGUGUAUACAUACAACAGAAUAUUGAGUGGCAGCAGGAAAGAAUGAAGUUUUGAGGCAUGUAACUAGGUAAAUGAAACUCAAGGACAUUAUGUUGAGUGAAAUAAGCCAAAAACAAAAGGACAAAUAAUGUAUGGUCUCACUAACAUAAACUAACUAUAACGAGCAAACUCCAAGAAUUGAAUUCUAGUACGCAGGUAAUCGGGAUAAAAAAUGGGCAGAGAAUGGAAAAUCGAUGAUUAAGGAGUACAGAAUGUUCAAAUAAGGCUCGUUGUAAAGUUUCCUAGAUUGUAAGCUUUCACGGCAGUCACACCUAUUCCUGAGUUUUAACUUAUUUCUAAAUUCUGAGAUGCUGUGCUCUUUAUGUAUAAAUGGGUAGUUCCCUGGAACACUGAGUAUCUGUGUGACAUCUGAGACUCAGACUUAGAAUUCUGCAUCUCUGAAAGUUAGCAUUACUCCAUACAGCAACUGUUAAAGAAGUUGAAUAAAAUAUCAGACUCUAAUUAAAGAUGUGAAUGAAAUGGACCUGGUUAGGACUAUGGUAAAUCAGAAUACAUGUUAAGGAUGAUACUGUCUGUAUUUUAAAACUUAAACUUCUUUGUGAGACCAAAGGAAGAGAUGUUUA